GAGCACAGAGACAGAUAGCAGACAGAAAGAGUAACAGCAACUAACGCAGAGACAGGAUGGACACGUUCAUGACAUUCAUCUCCAGCGGGGCUUACCCGGGCAAACGGGAGCCCGAGAGAACAAGGGAAAGAGACAGGACGACAGACAGAGAAGGCGCCAGCAGGAUGGAAGACAGGGCUGAGCUGUGCACACCGAAAGACAGACAGCCUGAAGGCGGCCUUGACGAGGGUGAGAUUGCCCGACAGAUCUUGGAAGACGAAGUGUUGAACGAGUUCUUGAACCCCCAGUGCUUCCAGCAGCCGAACGAGAUCCUCGACAUGAUUGACGGCACCCAAGAGGGCGCCAACAACGGGAACGACGCAGUGGAUACUACUGUGGGAAGCGAAUACGGCAGCAACAGCCAGAUGGUACCAAAUGGACGGGUUCUCAACCCGUCGGAGGAGCUGCGGAUGUAUGAGGGUUCGAAGAAGGAGCUGAUGAAGGUGAAGUUCGGAUUGAACCAGGACGCCAAGUACAUUCACCACUCAAACGUGGGCUUUUCGUACACGAGGGCGCCCGCUGUGAGCAGCCCAGACGACCCGGAAGUGACGACGACGCUGUUACCACCCGCAUACCAGGAGUGCUUUCUCCGGGACGAGCAGAGCUUCCCCUACCACAUCCAAAUCGCAGACUUGCCUUCACACUCCCGGGUAGAGACCCAGAUCAAGCUCGAGCUGUCGAUCUCUCCACCGCCCCCGCAGUUCCUCCUUCACAUCCCAAGAGACUCCAUCACGAAGCCGAAGUUCACACUUGCCGACAACACGCUGCCAGACUCGAUCCAGGAUCACCUCUUGUACCUCGACUUGUUCAUCGUGGGCUCGCAGACAUCCAACGCCAAUGACGGCCGGGUCAAGAGCUGCAACGUGUGCAAGCGCUGCAUGCGCCGUGAGUUGAAGCGUGCCUCCCGACGUAAGGCUGGGCUCGUUGACGAUUCAUCCAACUGGGACAUCAACCUCCCGAAACGAGCCAUCAUCAUUAACAGCAAAGAGAUUGUUUCCUUCCCAGCUCCCAACGGGAACACCAACGAGCGCAAAAUUGAGCUCUUGUCCAGAAUAGUCUGUUACUGCAGGCACCACCAGGAGCUGGAGGGCUUCCAGAUCCUCAUUUUUUUGAAAAACAAAGAGGGCGCCAUUGUCGGGAAGACGAUUUCAACGCCCAUUCUGAUCAUGGACAGAAAGAAGUCACUGAAGUCGAGCAUGGAGCGAAACAAGGAGAAUGUUCUUGACCAAGAAGAAAACGGCUCAGACCUUUACACAAAAUCGUCCACCAUGAAUAAGAAGAACUCUUCAAUCACAUCCAACAACUCCAAUGGCGAUUCUUCCGCGGAGUUGAGCGUACCAACAUCCACCACGACAAUGAACUCUGUUUCCAAUAAUAACCCGGCAACUGCAUCUUCCUCGAGUUUAUUCAACCCAAUAUCCUCUGUGACAAAUAUGAACUCUAUGAAUUUACUCACCAGCAACGGCGGCAAAUCUCAGACGGGAAUGUUUUCGUCAAUAUUUUCCUUUGACCCUUCAAACCUGUUGGGUGAUGAGAACUCCAGACAGGUAAAACGACAGAAGAGACCUUGGUCUCCCUCUGAAUCAAGCACAUAUUUCGAAACCAUCAAUCAACAAAGAGGAAUACCUUCAGCAAUUGGCGACUCCAAGAAGAACACAACUAAAAGAGAUCCAAUUUCUCCUAUCAGUUCAGAUGCCAUAUCACCUCAAAACCACCUAUUUUCCUCGGCAACUAGUGCAUUUUCUACUACUCCAGAAAAGGAAUACCGUGAAGCCGCAACCACUCUUAGUCCACAUGAUAGUAAUAUUCUAGUCGAUCCAAGUAGCAACCUCAUUUCUACAAACAGCAGCAUAAGUGCUGGCCUGAAUGUCAAUAUGGGUCUCGAUAUUGACAUGAACCUGAACAUGAAUGUGAACAAUGAGGACUGUCCAACUAUCAGAAGAAUUAUACCUUCACAAGGCCCAAUUAGAGGUGGUAUUGAAAUUACUUUACUUGGUUCUAACUUCAGACCAGGAUUGAUUGUCAAGUUUGGCAGAAAUGUCGCUCUUGCCACACAGUGCUGGUCCGAUUCUACAAUAGUGACUUACUUGCCACCUGCUAGUCAAGCCGGCCCUGUACUAGUUACUUUUGAAGAUGCAAACUACGAUUUUACAAACUCAAACGCUCAUCAGAUAUUCACAUACACAGAUGAUACUGAUAGGCAAUUGAUCGAGUUAGCCCUUCAAAUUGUGGGAUUGAAGAUGAACGGUAAGUUAGAAGAUGCAAAAAACAUUGCAAAGAGAAUUGUAGGUAGUAACCAAAUGGAUUCCUCUCAACAAUCUCAGCAGCAACAACAUCAAGCAUCUCCUAACUCUACCAUGAGUUUAGCAGAUGUUCCUUUGAAUCAACAGCUACAACUUAACUGGAUGGCUGUGGCCUCGAACAAAAUCAAGGAACUAUCCAAAUCUACACUUAACCAUGAAGAAAUCCUCAUCAAGUUCUUAUCUAUGAUCAAGAUUCCAAACUCAUUAAUCUCAAGUCCUAACUGGGCAGUCUGCAAUUCUGAAGGGCAGACAAUGCUCCACCUCGCAUGUCUGCAAAAUUAUAGUAAACUGUGCCAUUUUUUGAUGAAGAAUGGUUCCAGAGUUGAUUACAAAGAUAGAAAUGGCUUCACGCCAUUACACUUUGCCUUCAUUGGAGGAAAUAGGAAGAUAAUCAAUUUGUUGAACAAGUUCAAAGCUAACACGUCCAGUAAAUUAGAGAACGGUGUGUUGUUGAGUCAUAUUGCCGAUUCCAAUGUUCUUGAUUUGAUUCAUGCAAGUAGAAGGUCGUCUACCUCGUCAAGUGAUAUCAAUUUUGAUGAAGAUGAUGAAGACAAUGAGAAUAUGGAUCUCAGCUUUGAAAACGAUUUCGAAAACGAUACAGAUUUGAGUUACGACGCAGCUAUUGUUACUGAAGAGCUCGAUGAUUAUCAACUGAGCUAUAAGACUAAUCGUCAUAAGGGAAAGCGUUCUGUGCAUCACAAAUCAAAGACCUUCACAAGAAAGCAUGGCAAUGUUGAUUCAGAGUUCGAGGCUGACAAUGAGGACGAUACUGAUUCGAUACCUGAUAAAGUAGAGCAAAUUGCUGAUCAUGAAAAGAAAACUUCUCUUAAUGACAAGCCGACAAACUCUUUUGGUAUCAACCUUUGGAUCGCUAUGAAAGAGGCUAUCAAGAACAAGAUGGUUGAGAUUAGUGUUGGACAGGAGAAGCACAAGAAGACCGGCCAUGAGCGUCACGGUUCAAAGAAGCAGAUGGGCGUCAAGGCUUCAAACAGAGGCGAACAGCAAGUUGGAAGUGUUGUGGAGAGUGAGAAGGACGUUUCAAGCGAGGACCACCUACCUUCCUAUGAUGACCUUUUCCCACAAGGGACCUCUCUUAGGUCGCUAAUCAACUUCCGUGGACAUGCAGACGACGAGCAGGAGGGCCAGAAGAAGGCUGCUCCGACUCGUCGGGUGAAGGAGAGCUUGCUCUCUACAGGCAACUGCGAUGUCAUCAAUCCUGACGGAGGUGUCGAUGAUGAUGACGAAGCAGAUAGUGACGUGGAUAUGAUUGCGAUGAAUCUACGUACUUCGAUAAACUCUGACACGAAGCUCAUGUUCUUCUGGCUUCCAUGCAUGCUCUUGUUGUUACUGAUUGUCAUCGGCAACAACUUGAACAUCAUCACGAUUCAAAAACUCCAGUUUUUCUCGUACUUUCUCGAGCAGGUGAGGGAGAUUGUUGGGUCGUUUAUGCUUGGAAAGGACAGGUUCACGAAUUUGCUAAACGAAAACAUCAAUUACGGCCGAGAACGGAUGGAGAACCUCAUCAAUGACGUGAACGACGCCAUGAUGACGGCGGUUGCUGGCGUGGGUCGCUAGCAUCGCAGCCCAGCGGGGGCGCAGCAGACAGCUGUACGUUUGAUUUACUCAACGGGGCUAUUUUAUAGAGUGAGAACGGAGCACAUGUAGUGCAGCUUUUGUAUUUGAAUAAAUAACUAACUUUUCCAGCGUAAAGUGAUAUGACGAAG